UGGUAGCCUCUCUGUGUCAAGAGUUGGAGCGGCUGUUGUGUUGGAGUUGGUGGAGCAGGGCGGGCGAUCGCCAGUGGAUAUGCAUAAGAAGGCUGAGGUUGUGUGUCGACUUACAAGAAGUCGAAAGCCUUCUCAUCUGCUCAUAGCCCGCACCAUGUGAAGCAAAAAGCUGCAGGGAGUAGGCGAUGUUCGAUAUGACGGGCACUGUAUCUCUCCAGAUCCGGCAGAGGGCCGAACCUCUUGUGAUCUGGCCACCAAGCACGGCAAGGCCCGGGUUGCACGCUCACCGCCUGCCCCGCUUUUCGGGAAGGUCGGGGGUCGGCCCCAGCUGACCAACAUUCAGUGAUGGGAAGUUUACAGAUAUUCCUCAAGAGGCUUUACAUGAUUCUACUUACUCAAAAUCUGGAGGAAUAGCUGAUUUCGACAGUUCGAUAGCUAUAACAGCAGUAAUUCUCAAAGGCAUCUGUUUGUCCUUCUGUUGCAGGUCAGUCGUCAUGAUGCUAUGCCAGUUGGAUGUACCAACUCGUCCACGUCACAAGGCCCCUGGUCUUAUCGGUAAAUGCGGGGGAGGGCCCAGCAGCAAGGUUGGAAGGGCUUGGCAAAACUGAGGACGAAGAGUGUUGGUCACGAAGGGCAAAGACCCAAAGGCGUCAACCAUGUGGAAUUGAGACAAACAAAAGGCGAAACAGAAAACCGUGACCAUCACGGACUCAUUUGCUGCACAAGUCCGCAAAAGUCGGCUGGAACUUCCAGUGCUUAUUCAUCAACUCCGGUUGUGGCAAGAGCUGCGCGGCGAGGCUGGUGUUAUCAGACGGACCUGAUUGCCCCCCUUGUUCGCCCCACAGCAACAAACCACCGAACUGGCUCUGACUGGCCCGUUCUGGCGCCUUCCCUGCACUUCGCUGCCUCUGCCUGGGCCAGAAGGUGGCUCCUGCCCCGGUCUGACACAUGAGCUCAGCCACCCCGCGCCCGCCUGCUUUGAACCGGCAGCCCUACUCUCUCUCUAUCCUGUUUGCUCAUUGACCGACCGACCGACCUAUUUAACUUCCGCCCGCUCCCAUCCUCCAUAUCUUUCCCUUUUUCCUAAAACCACCACACAACUCACCCUCUUGAACCAGCCAUCAAGAAAGGCCAUCUCCCUCCAUCAACGAUAUCAACUCUCAUCACACAAGAAGCGAACCAUCAGUCGCCACGAUGCAGAUCUUCGUCAAGACUCUCACUGGCAAGACCAUCACCCUCGAGGUCGAGUCGUCGGAUACCAUCGACAAUGUAAAGGCCAAGAUCCAGGAUAAGGAGGGCAUUCCACCUGACCAGCAGCGCUUGAUCUUUGCCGGCAAGCAGCUCGAGGAUGGCCGCACCCUCUCCGAUUAUAAUAUCCAGAAGGAGUCUACGCUCCACCUCGUCCUCCGUCUCCGCGGUGGUAUGCAAAUCUUCGUCAAGACACUGACCGGCAAGACCAUCACCCUUGAGGUGGAAUCUUCCGACACCAUCGACAACGUCAAGGCGAAAAUCCAGGACAAAGAGGGUAUCCCACCCGACCAGCAACGUCUUAUCUUUGCCGGCAAGCAACUUGAGGAUGGUCGCACCCUCUCUGACUACAACAUUCAGAAGGAGUCCACCCUUCACCUUGUCCUUCGCCUCCGCGGUGGUAUGCAGAUCUUUGUCAAGACUCUGACCGGAAAGACCAUUACCUUGGAAGUGGAGUCGUCAGACACCAUUGACAACGUGAAGGCAAAGAUCCAAGACAAAGAGGGCAUCCCGCCUGACCAACAGCGCCUCAUUUUCGCUGGCAAGCAGUUGGAGGACGGCCGGACUCUGUCUGACUACAACAUUCAAAAGGAGAGCACCCUGCACUUGGUGUUGAGACUUCGUGGUGGCAUGCAGAUUUUCGUCAAGACCCUCACGGGAAAGACGAUCACAUUGGAGGUCGAGUCUUCGGAUACGAUUGAUAAUGUGAAGGCCAAGAUUCAGGACAAGGAGGGUAUUCCUCCUGACCAGCAGCGCCUGAUUUUUGCUGGCAAGCAGUUGGAGGACGGCCGGACUUUGUCCGAUUACAACAUCCAGAAGGAGAGCACACUCCAUCUGGUGCUCCGUCUCCGCGGUGGACAGUAAGCGGGUUUAUGGUUAUGCAUCUGGGAUAUGAAUGAGGCGUUCAGCGUUAUGGGUGGUUGACCGACAUGGCAGCCAAUGGUUUUUUUGGGUUCAUCUAAGCACAUGACCAUCACAAUCCCUGCCUCAAAAGAAGGCUGUGUUGCAAUAAAUCAUGUUUUGGUUUAUUACCUUUUGGCCCGAUUGCAAGUGAGAAUGCCUAUGCAUAAUUGAAAUUGUGUCCAGACUUGUCCUUUGAUCCCUUCGCGACGAUUGCUGUUGGGCAGCACGUUUGUUCUUGGAGUCGCUACGUGUGUCUCAGCUGAUCCAUUUUGCCACCGAUGACUGACGACAACCUCCCUCUAAUCUCCACACCACUGAGCUCCAUCAUUGUUCCAUGAUGCUAUGAUGCUAUGAUGCUUCGAUGCUUCAGUCGAGAAGUUGGCUUCCAAUGGGUCCCGGUCGUGAAGCGAGCUUGGAGAGAUUACCCAUAAUAACACCCAUCACGGCGAAAGGCAAGUAAAAAGAAUGGCGAUAACAAGCGACGCAGACAUUUCGACACACAUGUACCUAAAGGACUUUGAUAAGACUAAACAAGGAAUAAAUCAACAUCUCCCCAAUCAAAUACCUUCGCCCCCCUUUCAUCUUGAACCAUAGACACUAAAGAUAACCACCCUUCACCAGCACAUAUCCCUCCAACCACCUCAGUACAGCAAAACCUCCAUCUCAUAUUCCUUCCCAGCCUCAAGGGUAUACUCCCUCAACGUCUCGGGCCCACAACUCCCAGUCCCCAACCCGUGAUGCCACCAAUCCAAAUGCACCACCGUCUCCCCUUCCUUCCCCUUAUCCUCCAACUCAAAAGGAUGCUUCGCCUCGUCCAGCUCCCUUGUCGAAUACCUCAACGCGCUAAAAUCCCCCAUCUCCCUUCCUCCCUUCUGGGCCUGCCAAUUCUGCCAAUCCACACUCAACAAACUCUUGUUCUCCUUGUUCCUAAACCUGACCCAUCUCACAUCCGUCCUGUUCCCCGUCUCCUGCGGGAAUUCAUAAUCCGUCAUCAGCUCCCCCACCUUCGCACCCCACCACCCAACCAGCUGGCUCAUCUUCUUGUCUCUGUACCCCUCCCCUGGGCCCCGUCCAAACCACUCCACACUCUCAACCCCCUUGAGCUUCGUCACCAGUCCCAGUCGCCCCCAUGCUCUGGGGAGCAGGGCCCCUGUAGGCUUCGCCUCCACCUUGAUAGCAACAUCAUGCCCGCCCAACAUGUACGUAAUCUUCAACUCCAAAGCCCAGUUCAACACCGGAGGCGCCAUCCGUCCCUUGACCACAAUCUCCGUCGCUGCUCCCUCAUGCAACUCCUUCCACGUCGCCUCCACUAAAUGAAACUUUGCUUGGUGCAACCGUCUGUUAAACCAGUUCCUGCCAAAGUCGCAUCCCCGAUCAUUGUCCGUCAUGGCGCGAUAAAUCUCAAACCCCAGCGGCUCGGCCAGGAUAUUCUCAUCAGACUGCUUCGGAUUUUUCCA